AACUGAAAAAAGACAGAAACGGAGAAAGAAAGAAAUCUGGGGUGCUGUUUGACCAGAUCUGAACACGGAGCCAGGGGCACGUCGGAGCCUUUAAGGAUUGUUCAUCACCAAUCAUCUGAAUAUAUGGAUAUUUCGGGAUUGUAAACGAGUACUUUAAUGUCGCGGAAAAACCACUGGGACCGCGAGUUCUGAAAGGCUUUUCUUGGGAUUAAUUCGCAGCGGAGCUGCUUCAUUCAUGUGCCGAGUGCCGCUUUAAAGAGAAAAAGAGCCGAGGGUGUUUCAAAGUCCAAAAACACAGCAAGAGAGCAAGCCGAUCGUUUUCUGUCGCAGUGUUUCCUUGGGAUAGUACUACGUUAAUGUAGUUUCUACAACCAUGGGAAUAGAAUAGCACGGCAUUACUUCGGGAUUCUUGCAAGUGCUUUCAAUGCAGUUGCCUUAUAAGAACCGAAGCAUUUACAGUGUUCCAUGUUCUCCAGCUAAGGAUUCAAGCUGAAGUGAAUGCAUUUUGAUUUCUAUGUAACAGUAUAUUUUUGUUUCUCUUCUCCUUUUUUAAUGCAACAUACUAGUGUAGCUCCUACUCUAAUGUUGCGGCUUGGCCACAUAUAUACAGCAUUCGGCUGUGCGUGCCCUGCACGGCAUAUACAAACCAUUAAUGUUGUACGGCGGCCUUAAAACUGAUUUGAAUCCACACAGAUCUGAACAGGAGUAAAACACAUCUAGAUUUAUAAAUUAUCGUAUGUUCAGGUCGAAACGCUCAGGUCUUGUGCGGCGACUCUGGAGAAGCCGUUUGAUUCCAGAUAGAGAAGGGGGAGAUGGAAGUAGCAAUACCAGCGAGGGGGGUCGGGACGAUCUGUGCGGCAAUAACCCAGAAAAGAUUCCCAAAACGGAGCUCAGACCGGUGACCCGAGGCUGGUCGCCUGAGGGGGACUUCGGGGGAGAGUGCACCAGAAAUUCCGCCGAGUGCGGCAGCGGCGGCUCAAGGGUCAUUUUGGACCAAGAUGGGGGUGCCAUGUGUGUGCUGGAUCAGGGAAGCCCCCGAUCCGCACAGGACGAAUGCAAAACGGUGACAUGCUGUCUGUUCAAAGACCGGGACCACACCGGACCCAGAAGCACAGAGACGGCUCGGGGUAAGGAACCUGGUUCUUGCCAGUUUGUGCUGAGGAACCGUAGUUCCCGGGACGCCGGUUCUCCUGGGGCACAGGAGGUGAAACCCCGAUCGGUAGUUGAGCAGGAGCUCAAGACUGCCACCUACACCCUUUUAAAAAGACUAAAGGAGAAACCGCUGGAUACGUUGUUGGAGGCCGUGGAGUCUAAAGGGGGGAUGCCGAGCGAUUGUGUUAUGGUAUCGCGGACAGAGCUGCGGCUUGGCGGCCAUAUGGCACCGCCGCAGCUCCUGCUCUGUAAGCUGUACCGCUGGUCCGACCUGCAGCACACGGCUCAACUGAAACCGCUCUGUGAGUGCCAGAGCUUCGGGGCUCAUGACGGCCCGGUGGUAUGCUGCAACCCCUACCACUACAGCCGUCUCUGUGGGCCAGAGUCACCCCCACCCCCGUACUCAAGGCUUUCCCCCACUGAAGAGCUCAAGCCACUGGAUCUGUCAGAUUCAACGUUGUCUUACACUGAAACUGAGGCCUCCAGCUCCCCUAAUGCCACACCGGGGGUCUUCUCAGAUCCCAGUAUGUCCUCGGACGCCCAUAAGCAGAGUCACUGGUGCAGUGUGGCGUACUGGGAGCACCGGACGCGGGUGGGCCGCCUCUACACAGUGUACGAUCACUCCGUCAGCAUCUUCUACGAUCUACCUCAAGGCACCGGCUUUUGCCUGGGCCAGCUGAGUCUGGAGCAGCGCAGCAGCACCGUCCAGCGCACGCGGGGCAAAAUCGGCUUCGGCAUCCUGCUGAGCAAGGAGCCGGACGGCGUGUGGGCCUACAACCGCAGCGACCACCCCAUCUUCGUCAACUCCCCCACGCUGGACAUCCCCAACUGCAGGAGCCUGGUGGUGCGCAAGGUGAUGCCGGGCUACUCCAUCAAGGUGUUCGACUACGACAGGUCCUGCCUCCUGCAGCACGCCGCCGACCCCGAAUACCUGGACGGGCCCUACGACCCCAACAGCGUGCGCAUCAGUUUUGCCAAGGGCUGGGGCCCCUGCUACUCCAGACAGUUCAUCACCUCCUGUCCCUGCUGGCUGGAGAUCCUGCUCAACAACCACAGAUAACACAGGCAGAAAGACAGACAGACAGUCAGACGGACCGUUCUCACCAGAAACUAUCCCAAAUAUCAUCUACCUAGAUUUAAUAUAAAGUUUUAUAUAUUAUAUGAAAUAUAUAUUAUACCUGUAAAUACGGAGUCAUUUUUACAAUGUAAUUAUUUAUGUAUGGUGCAAUGUGUAUAUGGACAAGAGAAAAGAAACCAGAAAAUGCACUUUGGCUUAUAUAUAUAAAUAUAUAAAGAUAUAUAAAAGAUAAAGAAUCUUUCAAUACCAAUCUGAAAAAUUAUACAGCAAAAAUAGGAUGUGCCUGGUUUUGGUGUAUAGUUUUCAUAUACUAUUAAUAUCCAGACGAAAAGCUA